GAUUUAAUUUGUUUCUGUCAUAUUGAAUUGUGAGUUUAUAUUCUUGUUUUACUAAGUUUUGAUUGUCUUUACCUUCUUCUGGGGAGUUCUGAAUUAUGUUGGUUUGAAAUAAAAGUCCAAUGUAAAGCAGAAUUAUGCAUUUUUGAAAAACAAAUCUGAAUUUGAUAAUUCAGAAAUCCAUGUGUAAAGCUAGCUAUUGUUUUAUUACAGUUACUUACAACUAUUAUUAGGAAUAUUAACAUGUCUACUCAUUCAUGGGAAGCUAUUCCUCGCACCUAUGAUCCUCUUAAAGCUGGUAGUAUCGAUGGUACAGAUACUAUACCUCAUGAUCAUGGAAUUGUUCGAGCGAUGCAAGCUGAAUAUAAACCUAACAAAUUAGUUAUUGGAGAUCCUAAAGCUACUGUGUUUAUUGGUCGUUUAAAUCCAUCUACAGAUGAAAGUACUUUGAGAAAGGUAUUUUCUCAUUAUGGUGAAAUCAAAAGAUUACGUCUGAUCCGAGAUAUAGUGACUGGCUUUUCUAAAGGAUAUGCAUUUAUUGAAUUUUAUGAUGAAUAUGAUGCUGUGAAGGCAAAAAGAGAUGUUGACCAUACAAUAAUUGAUGACAAAGAAGUUAUUGUAGAUUUUGAAUGUGAAAGAGUACUUAAAGGAUGGAUACCCAGAAGAUUAGGAGGAGGAUUCAAUGGAAGAAAAGAAUCAGGGCAGUUGAGAUUUGGUUGUAAAGAACGUCCUUUUAAAAGACCUCUUGUGAUACUCAAACAAUCUUAUGGUGAACGUAGAGAAGAUUCAGACAUAAAUUCUUACAAUGAUAGAAAUUAUUCUAGAGACAAGUAUUCAGAUAGGCAUAGAUCUUAUAAAAGAAGUAGACACCAUGAUUAGUGUGACUUUUAACUACAUAUUGUAAAUAUUUGGAAAAUUGUGUAAAAUAUGCAAUAUAUGGGUUUUGAUUUUAUGACCAAGUUUCCUUACAUCAGUUAUGAGAUGAUUGUAAAAACUCUCUUUUCAAGUCUGCUAUAUAUAUAUAUAUAAGUAUUAUUUUUAUUAUUUUAUGAAUGAUUCUGAAAGAUACCAUACUUUAAUAGUGCACAAAAUUUAUAAGAAAGAGAAAGAAUUCCUUAAAAAAAUAUGAAGUUAUUUCUCUAACGUCCUUGUGGUCAGUCAAUCAGCAUAUGUGUGAUUGACUGACAUUAUAAUAUUUAUAAAUGUUGCUUAUUUUGUUGAAUAUUGCAUUUCUUAUCAAGAAAUUAUUUUUUUAUUAAAUGCCAAUUCAA